AGUGUGCUGCUGCUUUAACACAUUGGAAACAUUGACUAGUAGCCUAGUCAUUGAUUUGUAAUUUGAGGGGGAUUUGUAAUUGGAAUAAUGGCAGCCCUGAAGACCAAAAAAGAACCCAGGAAAGAGUACCUAUCUGUGAAGGACUUGGAAAAGAUUUUGGAUUCUUGCACGCUGCGGUUGACCCAGAUAAAUGAGGUUUGGCCGAACAUAUUCAUAGGAAAUGUGGCAAUAGCCCAAAACAGGAGUUCCUUGCAGAAGUUAGGCGUCACUCAUGUUUUAAACGCUGCUCAUUCCAAGCGAGGCAGCAUAGGGGAUCACAGAUUUUAUGGCAACAGCUUUGUUUAUUAUGGUAUUCCAGCAGAGGACUCGACUCACUUUGAUCUGGAUGUGUACUUCAAGCCCGCAGCUGAUUUCAUUCACAAAGCAUUGAAACAACCAGAUGGGAAGAUUCUCGUCCAUUGCAUUAUGGGUAUGAGCAGAUCGUCUACCUUGGUGUUGGCGUACCUCAUGUUGUAUUGUCACAUCCCCCUCCAUUGUGCUCUUCAGAAAGUCAUCCAGAAAAGAGCCAUUUACCCUAACAGGAACUUCCUGGCUCUGCUGCUGGACCUAGAUCUUCAGCUGAAGAGAAAACAGAAAACAUGGAAAACCUGUCUGAUUCUGUAGAGAUCAGAACAUAGCAAAACAGACCAAAUGCCACAAGUUAAUAUUUGUAUCAGUGCACAACGAAGAAGCUUAAAAAGAGGAAGUUGAUUUUCAAAUCAAGUGGGAAUGAAUCUAUGUCAAAUCCCUUUCUAGUGCACAAACUACCUAAAACAAACAAGUAUACCUCACCUACAUACAGUAUGUUGAAUAAAAUAUGUUGCAAAA